AUGAAUAGAGAGAGAGAGAGAGAGAGAGAGAGAGAACAGGCAAGGAAAGCUGAAGAGGAAGAGCAAAAGUCAAAGAAAGUCGAUGAUGGCAUAAUCGACACAACAAAGGAAAUGACCACAGCGAAUCUGACGAAGAUGGCAGGCAAAGUGCUGAUGGCAAAGGAAUUAGAGGUAGAUUCCAAGUCUGUGUCUAUGUCAACAAAUGAGGUCAGUGGUAGUAGUUCAACAGAUGAGUCAGUCAAAAAGACUGAAGAGCUGGUUGCUAAAGUCAAAAUGGUUGAAGAUCAAAUCUUAAGUCAUGUUAAACUUGUGAGAGCUUCAAAUGAAAGAAUUAAAGAAUUAAGUGAGAAAAUUGAAAAAGAUAAAAGUGAUGUAGAAAGAUUUAGGAAAGAAAAUGAGAAGUUAAUUCAUGAAAACCGACAACUUUCCGAAAAUCAUGAGAAGCUAAAAAAAACAAUCAAAGAUUCUGAUGAGCGAAACAACAAAAGAAAAACAGAUAUCAACCAGCAGCUUGAUGAGAUUGCCAAUCUUAAGCUUCAGUUUCAGGAAGCUAAGAUUGAAAAUGAGAGAAUUAAUCUGAAACUGAACAGUUACAGCUCCACAAGCUUUGUUCUUCAGCAUAUAGUUCCCAAACCAAUUGGGAAGAACAAAGCUGGUGAAGAUGUAUACUCAGAUGGAACUGGAGUUGGUUAUCAUCAAGUUCCACCACCCAUGUUAAACAAUUUUUCAAAGACAAAAUCUGGGUUGGAUAAUGAUGAUGAAACAAAUGAUGUAAAACUUCCAGAAACUAUCGAUGUCACAUUCACUUCAUCAUCCGAUGAAGACAGUGUUCGGUCUGAAGUCGCAAAAAAUGUGGUUGAAAACGUUUUAAAGUCAGACAGUGACUCAGCUGAAGAUGAAGAAUGUUUCUUAAACAACUACAUUCCGAAAUCAAAAUCCCAAAACAACUUAAGUGAUGAACCUACUCUUUGCACCAACUCGAAGCCUAAGUCUGUGGUAGUCGAGAGUCCAAAGAAGAAAGACGAUGUAAAAGGCAAAGCGCCGAUGUUUGUGGAGAAGAAAGUUUUGCAAAAAGAAAACAUCAAAGUCAAAACUGAACCCGUAAAAGAGUCGGUAACUAAAACUGAUAAAUUUUACAAACGGGCAGCUUCUUCGCAACAAGCUUGGAAGCCGAAAUCUGAGGCUAAAACAACAAGUUCUUCAAAACCAAAGGUUUCUGAGUCUGCAAAACCAUCAUCUUCAACUAAGAAGAUGUAUGUACCUUUGGAUUUCUACGAGAAACUUGAGAAACAAACUUCUACCCCACCAGGGAAGAAGUAUGUUCCGAAGAAAGACCAAUCAUCUGGUCAACCUCCGGAAAAGGAAUUCUUUUUGUAUAAAAAGGUUGAGAUUGGGUCUGAAGAGAGCCUUAAAAUGAAUGAUAAGAAUUUCCCACCAUUGUACACCGAGCUCCCGAGAUCAAUCUCACGUUGGAUAAUGGAUAGUGGAGCUUCUCGACACAUGACAGGGAGAAAAACCCUGUUGUACGAUGUUAGAGGGUUUAACGGUGGUUACGUCGGAUUCGCUGGUAAUCAAGGAGGACGUAUAGCUGGUGAAGGAACGUUGUCAAACGGUGUUAUCACGUUUGAGAGAGUUAAUUACAUCGCCGAGCUGGAAAACAAUCUUCUGAGCAUUUCGCAUAUUUGUGAUAGAAUGUAUUCCACACACUUCAUGGAUAAACAAUGUCUGAUUCUGAAGCCGGGGUUUGUCAUCCCUGAGGAUUGGGUCAUCAUGAGAGCAUCGCGAGUGAAUGAUCUGUACGUGUUGGAUAUAAGCAUAGCCACGACUACCAUGGGUUAA